AUGGGCGACACACCGGAGGCUAGAGGCGGGAAUUUGAAUUUCACCAAGAUAUCCGGCCUCCAAAAGUUGGUCCCUGCUUUCAUCACGCACAUAGUUCUCGACCCUCCCAUCGCCGUCGGAAGCGUCUCCAAAGGCGCACCUCUAACCAUCGCCCCCUUCGCAUCAACAAACUCCUACCUCCGCUCCGAAGCCAACUACCCCAUCAAAAUCGACGCCGUAUUCGCUCAUGGCUCUGACUUCAUCCGCCAGGACCCUUCUGGAAAGCAUCUCCGUCUCGAUGUAAACUCUGUCUUGAAAGAUAAGAGCGGAGCGGUGAUUAGCUACAAGUAUAGCGGUGUCAUGACCCUUACGCCUGCUAUUGGUGCUGUGCUCCAAGGUGCGGCAGAUGCGAAGUCGACGGAUUUUGGUGAUAUUGUUAUGCAUGUACUUUUCGAGACUGGAAGUGAUGAGUUGAGGCCUCUUGAGCAGAAAAUUUAUGUUGCUAGUGGACGGUUCGUCGUUGAGGCUGGGAAGCCGGCUGUUGUUGAGUAUAAGAUUAGUGAAGUUACGGCUUAA